CCCCGAAUCCCCCCCCCUCAAACCCCUCCUCCAGCAAUCGCAAGAUUCUCGGUCACUGCAACACCAACACAUCUCUCAUGCAAGCAUUCCUCGCAUGAAGUAAAAUGAAGUCGCCAGCGUCUCGCACUAUUACUGCCGGUACUGCUAACAUCUGACGAGACCCGACUUCGCCUUCGCAUACAAAUGGACUCACACUCUUCCCCCGCCAAACCGAAAUCCUCCAAGCAAGCCUGCGAUAAUUGUCGUCGGCGAAAGAUAAAAUGCUCGCGAGAGCUGCCUUGCGACAAGUGUCAACGGCUUCUUCUCUCCUGCUCCUAUAGCGAUGUUCUCCGGCGCAAAGGCCCUAAGUUCCGCACCCUCUAUCCUUUGGCGCCUAUCCAUCCCCUCGUCUCGCGACAACAGGAUGCAUACCACCAGCAUCCGCCCCAGGGCUCCCUGGAGAAACAGUGGACUACAGAUGCUGUAGGAUACCCGAUGACAAGCUCGCCACCGUCGCCCCCCUUUACGGUGCCUGACCCUCCAUACUCAUACCAUGACGCUUCUGAGCCGUUCACCCAGCUCCCUCCCGAGCUGGUCUCCUCUCCUAGCUCAACCAACUCAUUAACGGACUCUAGCACACAUCUAGUGCGCCCCUUCGCACGAAGAUUGUCACCGCCGGUCCUGCUUGCUCAUGUGAAUGUCUACUUGAAGUAUCUAUUCCCCAUAAUGCCAGUGGUGCGAAAGGAGGAGCUCCAGAAAGACUGCCAUCAGCCAGAACGAUUGUCUCCCCAGCGUUAUGCGUUUCUGGUUGCUAUAUGUGCAGCCACACAUAUACAGCUCAAGCUGGAUGGCACAGCACCCGUCUCCGACCCCACGCAUUUCCAAGCCGGAAUCGACAGACAGUCUUGGAUGUCUGGGGAGGAAUUGCUGGUUGAGGCGGUACGCGCAAGGAAGGAUUGCGACCCAGUGGACGGAAUGAACAUCGAGAGCCUUCUUACGUCAUUUUUUCUGUUUGCGUCCUAUGGAAAUCUGGAUAGACAGGAUCACGCAUGGUUCUAUCUAUGCCAGGCGACCUCAAUGGUCUUUACCCUGGGCCUUCACCGGGAAUCCACCUAUGCGGAAUUGAGUGUCGAGGAAGCGGAGGAAAAAAGGAGAGUUUUCUGGCUGCUGUUUGUCACGGAAAGGGGCUAUGCACUUCAACAGGCGAAGCCAGUCAUGCUGCGCAACUCCAUUCGCAAACCACAAGUUCUCUGUUCCGAAGAUCCUAUCCUAGCCUAUGGCUUUAUCAAUCUCAUCAGUGUCUUCGAAAAACUGACAGUCAAUCUAUACGACUGGGUAUCCGCCGGCGGCAUUGAUGGCUCCUCCGAAAUUCCCCCCACAUCCGCUAUCCAAUCGAGUCUUUGCAACGCAAUAUCGCUUGAAGGAGUGUCUGAGAUCCAAAAGGUUGACAUACUCAUCACCCAACAAUGGCUACAAACCGUAAUGUGGAAGCUCUCGAUGACUCGCGCCACUCAGCCCGGCUCGCGGGACGAGGCAGUGCUCCCCUUCCAUCUCCCUGUGCUGGUUGGAAAAGCAGUGAUGAACACCAUUGGCGCUGCCUCCCAGGGAGCUGUCGAUGCGCAUGGCAUCGGAAUGGAACAAAAACUCUUCGACCUAGGCACUUCCGUCGCAGAUGUCGCCCGAUCGCUCGGCACCAAAGCGGCGCACCGACUCACCGAAGCAGCCGUCGACCCCCGCGAACUCCUCUGGGGAAUCCUCACCACUUUAUCUCGCAUCCGCGGCUCCCAGUCAUACCUCUUUCCCUCCCUACUGGAACGAUGCAAAGGCGCCCUUGAUUUCACCUCCCCCACCUCCAUGAGCAACUUCCUCCCUCUACCACCACCACAGCCACCGACCACAUCAUCUUGGGGCGGCGAACGUGGACUAACCGUGGUCUCCUUGCCCGAGAACCCAGAUCUCCGUGAGCAAGAUACCAAUGACGCGGAAUCAUUGUCCCGUAUUCUUGCCUCUUCGCAGGUACCAUUUCACGACGGGAAUCUCAUGAAUUAAGAGCAAUGAUGCAU